AGAUAGCCCAGCGUCUAAACAAGAUCGGCAGGACAACAAUGGCGGCUCGGCAGAGGGACGGGGACUACAGAGGAUUCUUCCUGCUCUCCAUCCUCCUGGGGACCUGGAAAGAAGCUUGGACGGGACAUAUUCUCUACUCCGUGCUGGAGGAGACAGACAAAGGGUCUUUUGUGGGUAAUAUCGCCACGGAUCUGGGGCUGCAGCCCCAGGAACUGGCGGGGCGUGGAGUCCGCAUCGUCUCCAGAGGUAGGACGCUGCUCUUUGCUCUGAACCCGCGAAGCGGCAGCUUGGUCACCGCGGGCAGAAUAGACCGGGAGGAGCUCUGCGCUCAGAGCGCGCGGUGUUUGGUGAACUUGAACAUUCUGAUGGAAGAUAAAAUGAAUCUUUACCCUAUACAGGUGGAAAUAAUGGAUGUUAAUGACAACGCUCCUAGAUUCUUGACAGAAGAAAUGAAUGUAAAAAUAGUGGAGAAUACAGCUCCUGGCGUGCGGUUUCCGUUAAAUGAAGCUAGGGAUCCGGAUGUGGGCACGAACUCCCUCCAGAGCUACCAGCUCAACCCCAAUCGCCACUUCUCCCUGGUUGUGCAAACUGGAGACGAUGGAACUAAAUAUCCCGAAUUAGUGCUGGACCGGGUGCUGGACCGGGAGGAAGAGGCGGUUCACCACCUCCUCCUCACAGCCUCUGACGGCGGCAGCCCUCCCCGAUCAGGCACCGCCCGCAUCCGAGUGACAGUGGUGGACGUUAAUGAUCACGCACCAGUCUUCUUUUUGCCUCAGUACCAAGUAACUGUCCCUGAAAAUGUGCCGGUGGGCACAAGACUGCUAGCUGUAAACGCCACCGACCUGGACGAGGGAGUCAAUGGGGAAGUGACAUAUUCUUUUCGGAAAAUAACUCAGAAAAUUCUACAGAUGUUCCAACUGAAUUCCCAUACAGGAGAAUUAUCAACUUUAGAAGGUCUAGAUUAUGAAGACUCCGGCUACUAUGAAAUGGAAGUUCAGGCUCAGGACGGUCCUGGUAGUAUGACAAGGGCUAAAGUACUGAUCACAAUUUUAGAUGUGAAUGACAAUGCUCCAGAAGUAACUGUCACAUCUGUAAGCAGCUCAAUCCCUGAAGACACUCCUCCUGGAACUGUAAUUGCUCUUUUCUACCUUCAAGACCGAGAUUCCGGAAAGAAUGGCGAGGUGACCUGCACUAUUUCAGAAAAUCUGCCUUUUAAAUUAGAAAGAUCAAUAGACAAUUAUUAUAGAUUGGUGACAGCUGAAAACCUAGACCGGGAAAAACUCUCUGUGUAUAACAUCACGCUGAAAGCCACAGAUGGAGGGACCCCACCCUUGUCCACGGAAACUCACAUCUUGGUGAAUGUGGCAGACACCAAUGACAACCCACCUGCCUUCCCCCACUCUUCCUACUCUGUCUACAUCCCUGAGAACAACCCCAGAGGUGCCUCCAUCUUCUCCGUGACUGCGCACGACCCCGAUGGCGAUGAGAACGCACAUGUCACUUACUCCCUGUCAGAAGACACUCUCCAGGAUGUGUCCAUUUCCUCCUACGUCUCCAUCAAUUCUGACACUGGCAUCCUGUAUGCAUUGCAUUCCUUUGACUAUGAGCAGUUCCGUGACCUGCAAUUGAGAGUGACUGCCCAUGACAGUGGGGACCCACCACUCAGCAGCAAUAUGUCACUGAGCAUAUUCGUGCUUGACCAGAAUGACAACCCACCAGAGAUCCUGUACCCCUCACUUCCCACAGACGGUUCCACUGGUGUCGAGCUGGCACCCCGCUCUGCAGAGCCUGGCUACCUGGUGACGAAAGUGGUGGCAGUGGACAGAGACUCAGGCCAGAACGCCUGGCUGUCCUACCGCCUGCUCAAGGCCAGCGAGCCAGGGCUCUUCACAGUGGGGUUGCACACGGGAGAGGUGCGCACAGCGCGGGCCCUUCUGGACAGAGAUGCACUCAAGCAGAGCCUGGUGGUAGUGGUCCAGGACCACGGCCAGCCCCCACUCUCAGCCACUGUGACUCUCACCGUGGCUGUGGCUGACAGCAUCCCUGAUGUGCUGGCUGACCUGGGCAGCAUCAGGACCCCUGCCAACUCUGAUGAUUCAGAUCUCACACUGUACCUGGUGAUGGCAGUGGCAGCAGUCUCCUGCAUCUUCCUCGCCUUUGUCAUAGUGCUGCUGGCACUCAGACUGCGGCGCUGGCACAAGUCUCGCCUGCUCCAGGCUUCAGGAAGCGGGUUGGGGGGAGUGCCCGCCUCACACUUUGUGGGCGUGGAUGGAGUGCGUGCUUUCCUGCAGACCUAUUCCCACGAGGUCUCCCUCACUGAGGACUCGCGGAAGAGUCACCUGAUCUUCCCCCAGCCCAACUACGCGGACACGCUCCUCAGCCAGGAGAGCUGUGAGAAAAAGGAUCCCUUCUUAACAUCCAUAGAUUUUCAGCAAUGUACGGAUGAAGCCCAAAGUAUUCAGGUGCGUUCAGUCUUUCAUUUAUCUUUAUAUUGUUGAGGAUUUAUAUUUUGUGUAAAUUUCUUUAUCGUUUUGUGAAACAGGUG